AUGAGUUCAGGCGUGGGACUUCGGGGUGAAUUAGGCUCCUCUAGCAUGUCUUCUGGGUUUGUGACUGUGGAAGACAAGAAAGAAGGAGGUACAGGUACUGUAACCUUUUCUAGGGUGUCCAAAACCUCCAUUGCGUCUUCUCCUAUUUUAAAGGAGAGGAAGAUUUUGACCACUCAAACCAUAUCCCACCCUGAUGUUUUUGACGGGAGUUCAAGCACAGACUCAUCUCCAGAGUAUUCCAGGAAAGAUUAUGGCUCUUCAAAGGCAACGUCACUUUCCACCACACGAGGGCGAAUUCCGAGUCGAGAGAGUGAGAUCCGAGCCAGGCUUCAGAGCGCUUCUCCCCCAGCAAGUUGGACGGAACUGGGCGAUGUGAAGCGUCUGCUGAGAGGAAGCCAGUCUGAGAGCACCAGCACCAUUCAGUCCCCGCAAAACUCUUUGCCCAUCCCCAAGAAGGCCAGUGUGGAAACUAGAACCAUGUCUGAGAGCACUGGCUCCGGCACCAUUCAGUCUCAUAAUAACUCAUUGAUUAUUCCCAAGAAGCCCAGCGUAGACACUCGGAUCAUGUCUGAGAGUACCAGCACUAUUCAGUCGACUAACAACUCGCUGGUUGUCCCCAAUAAGGCCAGUGUAGAAACCAGGAUCGGGACAGAGACAUCAAAAUCAGGUUUGUUCACUGCUCCUGAUCACUAUGGUGGUGUUUGGCCUGGAAAUGUUAGCAGUGUGAACAGCAGCUACAGCUACAGCACAAACCCCAGCAACCUAAGCACCACAUCGACCCUUUACCACUCAGGAGGAGGAAUUGGAGGAAGAGGGAUAGGAGGAGGUGUUCAGAACAAUAUGGCCUUCAGCUCUUCCCCUGUGCACAGCGGACUAUCCGUCAGCAGCACCGUGCCAGUGUACGGUGUUCAGAAUAACCUCAUCAGUAACACCAGUCCUGCAGUCCACUCUCCUGCUGCAGCUAAUCCCCAAAUAGUUUAUGGUGUGCAGAAAAAUGUCUCUUCUCCUGGAAUCAGCACAACUACAGCGCGUCCAAGUAGUCCUUCGGCUGAUGAGACUUUGGGCAAAGAUUUUAAAUUCACGAUGAUAGAAAAGGACAAUACACCUGUGAAGAAGGAGUCAGAGCGACUGGUCAUGAGCAAAGAUACGGGCAAACAAUUCAUGUCUACUGCUCCUGCAACUUCUACAAUGUCUUCUGCUGCCUACUCUGACGAUUCACUGACGAGAGAGAAGCAAAAGCUUACUGCGAGCCUCAUGAAUGACGGAAGGGAAGCUAAAGGUCCUGCCCUGAAAUUUGGUUCAAAAAAUAAAGUUGGCUGUGCAGACAUGUGUUAUGAUGGCCCAUGUUUCGGCUUGAGCCGGUGCUGCCGCUGCAGUUGGUGGAAGUGGCUCCUAGGCAUCCUGCUCGGCCUCCUCCUACUUCUUGGUCUCCUCUUCGGACUGAUUGCUUUAAGUGAGGAAGUGAAACGUCUCAGGAAGAGAGUUGAAGCUCUGGAAGCCGUGACCGGCACGUCUUCAGCAAGGACUAGUCGUCUCUCUGGCUCCUCUGGCGUCAAUAUUGUUGAUCCCCUGGAUUCCAAAUUCACUGACAGGAGUUAUUCUGGUUCCACACUGACCCACUCUGAUAAUGGAAUUGGUGUCGGGACUGCAAGAGGGGGUGCAUCCCGCAGCUCUGAAGACUUACAGAGAACUCUCCAACAGCUGGUUAGAGCCGAACUACGCUCUGAUGCGUAUAGAGACUCACUAAAAGGAGCGAAAGGGGACCCUGGCAUAAAAGGUGAUCCAGGUGUUCUUGGGCUUCAAGGUGAUGCUGGAUUUCCUGGCCUACCAGGUCCUCCUGGACGGGUGGGCAACCCAGGAACUGAAGGACCCAGGGGUCCAAAAGGAAGCACAGGUGAUCCAGGCCCUCAUGGAUUACAAGGUCAGAAGGGGAUGGAUGGGCUGAUGGGCCCCCGAGGAGAUCCUGGUCCACCUGGCUAUGGAAUGAAAGGAGAAAUUGGGUAUCCUGGUGAUCCAGGGCGAGCUGGCGCUCCUGGACUUGUAGGGCAGAGAGGUGCUCCUGGUCCGAAGGGUUCCAAGGGUGAUAGUGGAUAUCCAGGACAAAAAGUUUCCACAUUUGGAACACCAGGCAUGCCAGGAGUCAAAGGCGACAUGGGAGAGAGGGGGCUGCGUGGCCCAGCAGGUGAACCUGGAAGAGAUGGAGAAAAAGGAUCCAAGGGAAAUGCAGGCGGUGCAGCUUCAGUGGGAACUACUGGUCUGAGAGGUCCACCUGGCCCACCUGGAGUUGAUGGUCGUCCAGGUAUUCAAGGUCCACCAGGUAUUGCUGGAAUUCCAGGACAGCCUGGUGCAAAAGGUGAAAUGGGUCCAGCUGGUCAAGUCAUUGCUCCAGAUGGCUCCAAAACGGUGGCCCUCCCAGGACCACCAGGACCAUCUGGACCUCCAGGUUCACCUGGACUUCCUGGUUUAGAUGGACCACUGGUAUGUUUUAAUUUUGAAGGACUACCAGGACAGAAAGGUGAGAGAGGAGAAGCUGGCAUCACCGUCACAAGUUCAGAAACUGUCAGUGCAACGCGAACUGGUAGUCUGUCUUCUGCUAGAUUUACUGGCCCACCUGGACCUCCAGGGCCUCCGGGAGAUCCAGGUCCUCAAGGUCCACCUGGUGAGACAAGACAAGGUCUUCCUGGGCGUAGAGGUCCGCCUGGAGAGCCAGGAAUACCUGGACCCACAGGUCCACAGGGAGAACCUGGCAACUUUGUGCCUUCAUCUGAAACCUUUUUUGCUGGACCACCAGGACCCCCAGGAUCUCCUGGACCCCAGGGCCCGAAGGGUGAUCAAGGACUUCGCGGUUACCAAGGAGAACCAGGUCAGCCAGGUUUGCCAGGAAUUCCAGGAGAACCAGGUGAUUCAGGAUUCUCCGGAGUCUCCCUUGGAGGCACUUCAAGACGAGGACCGCCCGGGCCUCCCGGACCACCUGGUGCACCUGGAAGAGAUUGGAGUGCAUCAGGUUCUAGUAACAUGGGCCAAUACAUUGCGGAUUACAUUCAAAAUGGGAACCUUAAGCAGUACCUCAUAGGACCUCCAGGGCCACCUGGACCUCCAGGUGUCUCAGCGGCCUCAGGUGCCGCAUUGGUGGACGAUGUUGCAAACCGAGUCAUCGCAUAUAUGCAAAGUCAGGGCAGAGGAUUUGGUGGGACUUCUGGAUCUCUUGGCCUGGGUGCUCAAAGUGGCUCCAUUUCUGUCGAUGACCUCAUCGCCCUUUUACAACGAGAUGAUGUGAGAAGAUAUGUUGCUGGUCCUCCUGGUCCACCAGGGCCAGCUGGAGCACCAGGUCAUGGAAGCUUUAGAUUUAGCAUGCAGGAUGUGGCUGAACGUGUCAUCACUCUGAUGAAAGACAGGGGCAUGGUAGGUGUAUCUGGACAAGGAAAUGGGUUGUCAAGUGAGUAUCAUACUGCUGUUGGGCCCCAGGGGCCACCUGGUGUGCCUGGUCCACCUGGACAACCUGGACCACCAGGAAAUGGAAACUACAUGAGCUCAGAUGUCCGGGAAUACUUGCAAAGUAUUGCUGGGAGAGGUCUUCCAGGUCCACCCGGCCCUCCUGGGCCCAUGGGUCCACCUGGUCCUAUCUCUGAAAUUUCCUACAAUGGCGGCACCAACAGUGAAACAAUUGGAUCAGAUAGACGGGAAUAUGUCAGCAGUGACAGGAGAAGAGGAGGUAUGUUUGGCAUUCCUGGACCACCGGGCCCUCCGGGACCCCCAGGACAGAAGGGAGAUUCAGGGGUAUCUGGUGGUAGGAACUGGAACGUGGAUACUGGAGACUACUCAAACAUGGCUGUCAGAGUGACUGAUUAUAUCAAAUCCCAUGGCCUGCUCCGGGAUGCUAUGAGGGAAUCUGGUGGUGCUGUCCAAGGGCCUCCGGGACCUCCUGGUCCUCCAGGAACUCCUGGACAAAGCCAGUGGUUUGGUAAUCAAGAUAAUGUCGUGAAUGUGGUGGAGUACCUUAAAUCCCAAGGUCUGUUGUAUGACUCCGGAAGGGAUCAAUAUGGCCAUACUGGGCAAGGAGUCAGAGGACCACCAGGACCCCCAGGGCCUCCAGGGUCCACCCGUUGGUAUGGUUCUCAGGGAAAUGCAACAGAGCUGGUGGAAUACAUAAGAUCCAAUGGUGUGUUACAAGACAUCAUCAGAGACUACACCAAUCACGUAUUUCAAGGACCACAAGGACCACCUGGUCCUCCUGGCCGAAGUCAAGGAUUUGGCUCAAAUGAUGAUUACACACAUCUUGUGGAAUACCUCCAAUCACGUGGUCUGAUUGGUGACCGAAGAUGGGACAACUACGAUCGCACAGUUCAAGGGCCACCAGGACUACCUGGGCCUCCAGGAGCCCCCGGAUACAGUCGAUUGUUUGGCUCUCAAGAAAAUGUCACCGAUAUAGUGGAAUUCGUCAGAACUCAUGGUGCCAUUGUCGGUGCACCAGGAAGACCAGGACAAAAGGGGGAAAUGGGAUUCCCAGGCCCAAAAGGAGACAGAGGUGACCGUGGUCCUCCAGGGCAACAAGGACCCAAGGGAGAAAUAGGUGACUACUCCACAUUUUCAAGGCGUUCAAAGAGGCGUGUUGGUGUGUGA